CUACAGGUGUACAUGAAUGGAGCGGUCACUGUGGCCAUUCCCUCCUUUGGCAAAGACCUGCAUUUCUCGCAGUCGGAUUUGGCAUGGCCUCUACAAGCUUUCAAUCUAACAUUUGGAUGUCUCCUGCUUCUUACUGGUCGUCUUGCGGAUAAGUAUGGUCGGAAACCCGUCUUCCUCAUUGGAACAGCUCUCUUCACCUUCCUCAGUAUACCGCCCAUUUUCUGCCCUGAACCGAUCUCAUUCAACACUAUGAUGGGUUUGCUGGGGAUCGGCGCCGCGAUGAUGACGUCCUCCGGCAUGGGCGUCCUAGGGAGCAACCUCGAAGGAGCCCUCAAGAACCGCGCCAUCGCAGUGAUGGCCGGCGGGCAGAGCAUCGGAUUCAUACUUGGUCUGUUGUCAGCGGGCUUCCUCUGCGAGCUGCACAGAGGCUGGCGCUGGAUAUUCGUCGUCCAAGCGGGGUUGGGCGGGCUCUUCUUACUGGCUGGCGUGGCGUCUGUCCCGCAGGACGUGGUGAAGUAUGACAGAGCACUCGACUGGCCGGGCGUGUGCUUGAGCUCGACCGGGCUGGUGCUAUUGAUCUUCUCCCUGUCGCGAGCGCUAAGACCCCGCAGAUGGAGGGUGGCGUACAUUCCGACGCUCUUUGCGCUGUCCGUCGUCAUUUUGGCGGCCUUUGUGGCGUGGGAGCAUAUGCGGGACAAGCGGGGACACUCCGUCCUCCUCAAAAUGUCUAUAUUCAAGGAUACACAGUUCCGCGCGUUUUUCCUGCUUAUAUUCUUUAUCUGGUGGAACUUCAACGUGCUGCAGUACUUCGUCACCGUCUAUUAUCAAGACGUACAAUAUUUGACACCAGCCCAGACGGGGAUACGCUUCAUUCCCGAAUCGAUAUCCGGCGUGGUGGUGAACACGGCUACAGGGUGGCUAGUCGAGUACCUCCCUGGUGAAUGGCUCAACGCAUUCGGAGUGGGGACCACAGUCGCGUCCUCCGCGAUAUUCGCCGUUAUAGACCCAUCAACCACAUACUGGCGAAACGCAUUCUGGGUGAUGGUACUCUUGCCCGGCGCGGACGCGAUCUACACAGUUGGGAACCUAUUCGUGCUCACGUCCAUGCCGGACGACUCGCAGGCACUCGCAGGGGGGCUUUUCGCGACGGGGACGCGGAUUGCCACUUCUAUCGGCCUGGCGAUUACCUCAGCCAUCGCCACUGCAGUUUCUGACCACAGUGACGCGGCAGGGAGCUUGCUGAAAGGGUAUAGGGCAGCAGGGUGGACGUGCUUCGCUGCGAGUUGUGUCGGGCUGGCUGUGAACGUGGUGUGGCUUCGGGGCAUUGGGAUUACGGGUGGGAAGAAGGGUGUUAGAAUUGCUGAUAACAGUGUGUCGGCUCCCGAGGAGAAGUCGCAGGCUGCAUGA